AUGGAUUUUCUCAACCAAAUCAGGAAGCGACAGAAGGAGCUGAAGCUGUCGAACAUUUUAAAUUUCUCACCGUUAACAAAUGAAGAGAGGAAACAUUUAAUUAAAAUAUACGGCCUGCUCGCCGUGGGGACAAUGAUAACUGCAUUGAGUUGCUAUAUUGACAUAUAUUUUUUGAAAAUCCCGAGAUUUAUAGCGUCUAUGAUUAGCUUGUUUUGUUCCUUUGCCUUGGCUGGGUCAUGUAGUUAUUCUCAUUAUGGCAAUGCCUUACCAGUUGCAUCGAAAAAAAGGUUACUUUAUUUUGCCGGCAUAUCAUCUGCAAUCGGAAUUUUGAUGAGUGACUAUAUCGCUUACGUUAAUUACCUGAACCCGUCCAUUCUCCCCUUGGCCUUUUUUGGAAGCCUGUCCAUAUUUUCGUGCUUCUCCUUGUCGGCCAUAUUUUCCAAGAAUAGAUUCGUCUUAUUCGACACCCAAAUAACUUUGUUUGAUUUUCGCCGGGGAAACAAGGAUUACAUAAUGCACUCCAUUUGUCUGUAUCUCGACUUAGUGGGACUCUUUACGCACUUAUUGAGGAUACUAGGCCAGAAAGAGGAAAAAAAGAAGAAAUAA